CCGCCGAUAAAAUACGUUGUCGUCGUUCAAGACGAGCUGUCAAGAUGUCCAGUAAGCCACGUCGAGGGACAGACAGACGGAACUAUCAGCGAUGUACCGCCUCCCGCACGACGAACGCCCUGCUGCUGACCUCACUCACAAUCUUUCUGAGCAAUCUGCUCAGUACGGCACACGGGAACCCGAUGCAUCCGUUCUCAUCGGCGUUGGCAAUCGGCCGCAACCUGCGGCAUCUGCCCUGUGUUGUGCGGAGCUCGGGCGAUGAAGGAAUCUGCAUGUUUGCCAUCGACUGCUUCAAAGCAAACGGGACCCACUUGGGAGUGUGUAUCGAUAAAAUUUUCUUUGGCUCCUGCUGCCAGGUUCAUGACGAUAGUUUGCUGUUCAACCAUGAAAUAACGGACAACAGUAUAGAUCAUAAUCACAGCUCCGGCUUGCACUUUCAGCACUUUCCACCGUCGAUGGUUGAUACUAAUAAAAAGCCACCGCUAACUGAAACCCGUCUGCCUACGACGGUGGCACCAAAAACUACGACGAAAUAUGAAUUGGUCAGCACUUCUUCAACGACCACCCACCGAACAACAACGAAGAUGACGCGUAGGAAUGCAACUACACCAACUACAACGAUAAAAGUAGAGCUUAAGGAUGACUUGCCAUCUACAACGGACUAUUGGGAAUUUUCCACAUUCCAAUAUGUUCAGAACAAUAAAAAACCUACCCACACAUUCAACAAUCGUCGUACCACCACAGAACCACCGGUUAAGACAACUACCAGAAGGCUGCCACCUAGGACUACUGCUUCAACUACCAGCACAACAACUACUACUGCCAAACCGACUGUAACUCGCAAACCUGCUCCAAGUCGAAACAACACGAGAGCUCCAGCCCCUCAACUAACCACCCAAAAGACUGUAGUUAAUACCUUAACAGAAAAUAAUAGAAAUUUUACGACUUGGUCAACUAUAACGCGCCGUCCUGUGACUACUGUAGAUACUACAACGAGUUCCUCCAGACGUCCAACCACCACUAGCUCUACUACCGUGAGACGAACGUCAAUUCCACCCAGAAGACCAUCGACGACAUCUGCUGAAUUUUCUGAAGAAACAACAAUAUCUAGUACAACAAGACGACCAACGACAGCGCCUUCAAUACUUCCCAUGACUAGACCAAUCAACAGACGAAGACCUACCAUAACGACCACUAUGGAACCAGAUACCACCAGAGCAACUAGACCAAGACCACGACCAACUUCAGCAAUUGUUACCGUACCUGCCACCUCCCUAGAUCAUCUACUGGAAGAUCUUGUAACAACACUCUAUACAGAACGAACUCCCGCUGCAAUGAAAGUAACAGAAGCAACAACCCCCACACCCACACCUACAGUUAAUCGCCGAUCUAGUACAACGACCACAACAACCACUAAACCAACUACAACUUCAACAUCCACUACCACUAAUUCUACAACUACAACAACCACUGAAAGGCCCACAACGACCCGCAGUACAACAACUAGUAGUACUACUACAAGUACUACUGUUCCUACAACAAAAACCUCCACAACUGUUCCUACGACCGCAAAAACUACAAUUAGCACAACCACUGCUAGCACUGCUUCAACGACAACAACCACUAAGCCCACAACCACUACUACCGCUAAACCCCGCACAACGACAUCCGGAAGAAUUACACCUCCAGCAGAUAUCGACUAUCCACCGGAGACAUCGCAGCUGUACAAUCUUCUGGAUGAGACAACAGCCGGUUCCGGUUUAGUUACCUGGUCAAGCAUUGUUGAUGACGUUCCUUACGAGAAACUACCAGGUAAGUCAAUGCCGGCAGGUCCCACUACCUCAAAUAGUUGGAUACUGAUUCAUACACUAACCCCCGAAGAGGUGCUUGGCACCAACGGGAAUCAAACGAAUAACCACAACUCAAGUACGCAACCAUCAUCGUCCGCUCCGUUGAUAGACCAGACGCUACCAACGUUGCCGGAGGAUAUUGCAAUACCAGUGCAUGACCCAAGUAGUAAUCUACCUCUACCUGAAGCCGCAUACAUUUACACCAUUCAUGAUGAAACUAACCAUUCGCUAAGCGAUGAGCUCAUCUCUCAUUCACAACUUGCCUCAACACCAUCACCCACCGCAGUCGUCCUUAAUUUUUCAUCUGUAGCUACCCAAAAACCCAGCAGCACCGCUGGUAGUAGUAUUUCCACCAGUAGCACUCCUUCCACUACGACAUCAAGAACGACGACAACGACGACAACCAGCACAACCACAACAACUUCAACAUCUCCACCACCGCCGCCAACAACUACAACAGUAACAGCAACAACAACUACAACUACAAAGUCAACGACUUCAAGUACUUCAUCUACUACACCAACAACAACUACUACUACUGCCAGCACCAGCUCUACUACAGAAGCGGAUCGCGAGGCAACAAGUAGUAGUGUUACCAGUAGUACCGCUCCAGAUUCAACUCCAUUGGGUAAUCAUACCGAAGCAACCAAAACUCCCGAACCAACCACAAGGCCUACAACACCAUCGACAACAACCAAAACAACAGCCCCAAUGACUACUGCCGCAACCAGCGAGCAAACAAGCACUAGCACAACUAGCUCAACAAACGCGCCAGAAAUUCUAAUCGAAAUUAUCGAUCCGGUAACCUCCUCUCCGAAGGAGCCAACGACGGUGCAGACCGCUCCGUGGGAACAAUCCACUACCGCCGAAUCGGUGACCGACUUCGUUACCGAGGACGGAAGUUUUGAAGAAGGCAGCGGCAGUGAAGAAGAAUCCGGUGAGGAGGGAAGCUCCAGCUUCGAAAGCUACGAAUCCACCGCGGAGUCCGUCAGCUCCACGCCGGUUCUACUACCGGUGACGGACGAUGUUUUCAAUACGAGCGUUUCGUCCGAACCACCAGGAACGAUGACUUCUACGGGUUCUACGACCGAAAGUAGCACCGGUGCUGAAAGCACCAGUUCUACCGGUUCAACAACUCCGUUGAACAUUACCAGUUCACUGCAAUCGAUUGCUUCCAUGUUUAAUAUUUCCACCAGCACCGGAAUGCCGAUCCGGUUUCCGGAGGACAACAGCACCGAAGUUAGUAGUAGUAGUAGUAGUAGCACUACCGAUGGUGUUACGUUGUCCCCCGAUUUUCUAACCACUUCGGCGAUUCCGACAUUGGAAGGCGUGGAUUAUCGUACUGUGUGUGGCAAGCGAAUGUUUCCUGAGCCUCGGAUCGUCGGCGGAGCUAAGGCAUCCUUUGGCCGGUGGCCAUGGCAGAUUUCCCUGCGACAGUGGCGAACCUCGACCUACCUGCACAAAUGCGGAGCCGCUCUGCUGAACGAGAACUGGGCCAUCACGGCAGCUCACUGCGUGGAUAACGUUCCACCGUCGGAUCUACUGCUACGUCUUGGCGAGUACGACCUGGCACUGGAAGAGGAACCCUAUGGCUAUCAGGAACGGCGGGUGCAGAUUGUGGCAUCCCAUCCUCAGUUCGAUCCCCGUACGUUCGAGUACGAUCUAGCGUUGCUAAGAUUCUACGAACCAGUGAUAUUCCAGCCAAAUAUUAUUCCAGUUUGCGUUCCCGAUGGGGAUGAGAACUUUAUCGGUCGGACAGCGUUCGUAACCGGCUGGGGGCGAUUGUACGAAGAUGGUCCACUGCCAAGCGUCCUACAAGAGGUAACGGUUCCUGUGAUCGAGAAUAAAAUCUGCGAAACAAUGUACCGAAGUGCCGGUUAUAUUGAACACAUACCACACAUAUUCAUCUGUGCUGGAUGGAAAAAGGGAGGAUACGACUCCUGUGAAGGCGAUUCCGGAGGUCCAAUGGUGAUUCAGCGGCAAGACAAACGCUUCCUGCUGGCCGGAGUCAUCUCCUGGGGUAUCGGUUGUGCAGAGGCCAAUCAGCCCGGGGUGUACACGAGGAUAUCGGAGUUCAGGGACUGGAUCAACCAGAUUCUGCAGUUCUGA